GACGCACGCUUGUUGGUACGUGUUUUCGCGGUAAAGGACCAAGAGAUUGAAAGAUGGCAGUGAGUAUAAGCGAAGUGGAAGCUGAGAUGCAACAAAGGGAAGAAGGGGAGGAAGAUGAUCGUUCAGUAACCAGGUCUUUCAGUGGCAGUGGAGAGGAUUCCUUGGAUAGCCUCCUGAACCAUCAAUGUCCCCUCACUCCCUCGUUGUCACCACGGAAACGCUCAACUGGCCAGAGCAAGACAGAGCCUCCCCUGUUGAGGACCAAUAAGAGGACCAUCUACACUGCAGGGCGCCCCCCCUGGUACAAUGUUACAGGAACCACCUUUAAGGAGGCCUUUGUCAUUGGGCUGUGUGGUGGUAGCGCUUCUGGGAAAACCACCGUGGCCAACAAGAUCAUCGAGGCGCUGGACGUUCCCUGGGUGGUGCUGCUGUCCAUGGAGUCCUUCUACAAGGUCUUCACCAAAGAGGAGCAGGAGCUGGCGGCCAGGAGUGAGUACAACUUCGACCACCCGGAUGCCUUUGACUUUGAGCUGCUGGUGAGCGUGUUGAGGAAGCUCAAGAAGGGGAAGAGCGUCAAAGUGCCCGUGUACGACUUCACCUCCCACAGUCGGCGGAAGGAGUGGAAGACCGUCUAUGGGGCCAAUGUCGUCAUCUUCGAAGGGAUCUUGGCAUUUGCCAACAAGGAGCUGCUAAAGGUACAAGUGUCUCUGAAGUCUGGCAUGCAUUGGCUUGGGGCGCUGGUCUGGCUUGCCAUUUGGAACAGCACAUUCCAGCAGUCACGUGAUUUUUUUUUUAUAUUUUUUUUUUCUCUCUCUCAUUUCUCUCCCCCCUGUCUAUCUGUAACGGCACGUUUGCUAAACCCUGACCUGAAUGCACUCUUAACCGCAUCAGCGCGAGAUCACCGUGAGAGGAAACUCCGCUGGGAUAUAUCCGCCCUGGCUUCCGCCCACCAAGGGCAGCCUUUGCCUGCCACGCUAAGCGUGAUGGAGAGCACGCCGCAGGUGCGAGGAAUGCACACCAUCAUCAGGAAUAAGGACACGAAUCGGGACGAGUUUAUUUUCUACUCCAAGAGAUUAAUGCGGCUCCUGAUCGAACACGCCCUGUCCUUCCUGCCACUGGAGACGGUGUCUGUGGAGACCCCCCAAGGAAGCAUUUAUGAGGGGAAGAGACUCGGUGGCAAAAGGAUCGCAGGCGUGUCCGUCCUCAGGGCGGGCGAGACCAUGGAGCAGGCCCUGACCGCCGUGUGCAAAGACAUCCGGCUGGGGAAGAUCCUCAUUCAGACCAACCACAACACGGGCGAGCCUGAGCUUCACUACCUGCGUCUCCCUAAAGACAUCAGUGAGGACUACGUGAUCCUGAUGGACAGCACCGUGUCCACGGGGGCUGCGGCCCUCAUGGCCGUCCGGGUCCUGCUGGACCACGACGUGCAGGAGGACAAGAUCUUCCUGCUGUCGCUGCUGAUGGCGGAGAUGGGCGUCCACUCCGUGGCCUACGCCUUCCCCAAGGUGCGCAUCAUCACCACCGCUGUGGACAAGAAGGUCAACGACGAGUUCCACAUCAUCCCAGGGAUAGGAAACUUCGGAGAUCGAUACUUUGGGACAGAUCCUCCUUCUGACUGGUAUGAGACUGACGAGGGCAUGGACCACUGAGGAUGCAGCCGGCCCCUGCCCCGUUUGUGCCCCGCGACGCAUCUCCACCCCUGGCAUUUGCCGCCCUGCCCGUCCCCCCCUCCAUAGCCCAGACAUCUUGGUGCAACCCCUCGCUCCUACGAGUGGUUUAGCUUCUCACUCGACCUUCGGUUUCUGGUGAACUGACCUCUGCAUGACUGACCGACUUUAGUUUUUUGGGUUUACCUCCAGCCUAGUUGCAGGCAGCAAACCCCUGCUGCACUCUCAGAAGGAACCGCUCUGGUCUUGAAGGUCCUUGGUCUGCCUACCACCCGAUUAGAGGUCUUCUGGCCCCUGAUUUUGAGUUCAGCAGCUCCACUAAUUCCCAGCAGCUCUGUGCAUAUGGACGUGCUAGGGGUGGGCGACAGUCUGCUUCUUGGACGUUACAUUUUUGUUCCCCCACUGCUACUCCACUCUAAUAUAUUAUAUAGACUUUGCUAGCAAGCAUAUAGGAGAGACGUUACAAUGGUUUUAAGAGGUUUCAGGUUAGGUUUGGAAAUCGGGGCCCGGCUGUGAUUGUGCAGGAGCCGUGAUGAGAUGGGAUGCACGUGGGACGACUUGGCAAAACAAACCACCGCUGGACACCAUGAUACAGGGAUCUUUGAUGUGAGAAGAGGGUGUCAGUGAAGGCCUUCAUGCAGUGUACUGUAAAAUAAAUUAACUAGCCAUUUAAAAUGUCUCUACCCAGCUGAAGACUCUGCCCAUUCAAACCUGGUUUAAUUUCAGAAUUAUUCCUAUGGUUUAAAGAAAGGGCAUCGUGGAUAAUCCCUUCGUGAAAGGGACUGCUGUGGUUUGGGGGGGGGGGGUUGGAUAACUGGAUGUGCAGUGAAAAUGGUAUCAAGAGCCAGGUGCCCUGUGGCUUAGGAUUCUCUCUGUCUUUGUGUUCCAACUGAAGCCGAUGUUUAGGUGUAUGGACUUCCACCUUAAACCCAGUUUUCUGGGUUAUCAUACUUGAAGGACACUUCCACUUAAGUUAUUUACCCUGUUCAUUUAAUGAUCAGGGACGUCUGUACUCACUGCAUUCUGGGUGUUGCCGUGUCUUGGUGUAAACAGUCUUUGAAGAGCGCAGUCUCUUUAUAGCCGGAAACUUGAAUCCCAGGUUGGUAAGAGAGCGCAGCGAUAGUGAGGUGCAGCGGGUCCUGACUCGGAGCCAAGACAACCAUGCGUUCUGCUGCUGGAUCGAGCGGCAGCUGGCUUCGCAUCAGGUUGUGCUUUAUAGCAUCUGACCCAGAAAGCGUGACCCGACGUUUGGUGCCAGUGUUUGGCGUUAACAAGCUCCGGCUGUGGCACUAAACGAGCUGAAUCUUUUUUUUUUUCUUUUUUUUUCCUUUUUGCAUUAUGUCCAGAGGUCGGACGUAAUCAAGCACACAGUCUAUCUUUGGACUGCUGGUCGGGGAAUGUUUCUCUGUAAGUGUGCUGUUCUAAUCUAGUCUGGGCCUUAUAACUCUUCUUCAGAGGAGAACCUGUCCAUUAUAACUUGGUUUUGGUGAAAAGCAAGCAGCUUGUUAAGCCGGAGUGCCGAUGGUACCGCAGAUGGUCCUGUUGACCAAUUACUACGCAUCCUGCCUUUAAUUUUAACUACUUGAUAUUGUGAGCAUACUAGUUUGUUUUAACCACUUAAAAAUACGGCACAGACACUCAUUUUGUGGAUAGUUACUCCCGUUAUGUAGAUCACUGCCAUGAAUCGUUUGUAGACUGCGUUAAUAUUUGUUGAGUAGUGUUAAAGGGUUUUCAGCCCCCAGUCCUUGAAUGUGACGAUAUGACAUUUUUAAAGCUAAAAAUGCCAAGUUUUUAUGCCUCGUUCAUUUUAAAAUAGGUUAACAGCUGCUUUGACCAAAAAUUAAGCUGCAAGUGAACUUGAAGACUGAAACAUCACGACAUUACCGUUACAAGAGGUUUUGUUUACUCUCUGCUUAAAGCGAUUUUUAUUAGUGAUAGUUUGAUCAUUUUGUGUCUACAUGAGUAAAAUAAAGGUCAUAGAAACACACA